AUGGCCCCCUGCACCACAGCCCUGGCACUGUGCGCGGCACUGCUGCUCGCCCAGCGGACAGAUGGUGAGAAGCUGGCGAGCCCCACGCGCGUGCGCUUUGCUGCACAGGUAGCACAUCACCUGCUGCGCUGGGAGCCGGGACACGACCCCCCUAGUGACGUCCGCUACGAAGUGGAGCACAAAGUCUAUGGCACAAAUUCCUCCUGGACGGCCAUCCCAAACUGCAUGAAGAUCUCAGAGCACUACUGUGACCUCACGUACUACACCCUGGAUCCUGCCCUGCGCUACUACGCGCGGGUCAGGGCCGUGUCUGGAAACCACACGUCGCCAUGGCACAGGACCAACUCUUUCUCCCCGCAGGAAGCCAGCCUGCGCCUGUCGGGCCAGAGCCUCUCUGUGACGGGCAACACCGUCCACGUGCAGCUGCAGCUGCUCUUCAGGGUGGGGAACCGCACCGUGAGAUACGACGACAUACAGCAGCACGCGAGGAGAUACCGGGUGUACGUCAGGAGGGCGCAGGACAAUCGGACGUACGAAUUGGUGGAGAAGGCCCCAGAGUUCAACAUCAACAACCUCUUCUGGGACACGGAGUACUGUAUCAGCGUGGAGCCCGCCGUGGCCAGCCGGCACAACCGUGCCGCACGCACUGAUGAGCAGUGCAUCACCACCAGCGAGAGAGACAGAAGUGCAGAGCUCAUCCUGAGCAUCGUCAGCUCCUCCUUCGUCACCCUGCUGGCCCUGGCCCUGCUGGGCGCUCUGCUGGCCUGCACCUACAUCAAGAGACCCGUGAGGCCGCCGUCCAUCCUGAAGUCCUUCAUAAAGCAGAGCUCGCUCUGGGGGGAGCAGGAGCCCCCGUCCUCAGGCAGCCCGGAUGCAGACCCCGUCCAGCAGCUGUUCCUGGGCGGCCAGAAGGAGCCCCAGCAGGAUAGCAGCCCCAGCACAGCCCAGUCGCCCCCGGAACGGGACUGGAAGCUCCCAGCGUGGCCCGAGGACCGAGUGUGCCUGCUGGGGCCGGGCACCGUGGGGAGCGGAGACAACAGCUGCACCAGCACCGACAGUGGCAUUUGCCUGCGCACCUCCUCCUCCGGACUGAGCUGCUCCUCGGCCCCCGAGCCCCAGGGCUACAGGCAGCAGCUGCCCACCGGGGGUGCACUUUUCUGCGGGACCACCAGCCCCACGGAGCCCAGGCAGACCCACAGAGGGGAGCUCGGCCUCUCCUCCACCACCGGCCAGGACAGCCAGCAAGACGUGGAGUUCCGUGGGUACCUGCAGCAGUCCAAGGGCACAGGGGAGCCACAGCAGGGGGGCCCCGUAGCCCCCUCUCUGCUGAGCUACAGGGCUCCGGGUGCUCCCUUGGCCUCUAAAGCUGGCCCCGAGCUCCUGAAAGCUCCCUUGGACCUGAGCAUCUUCAAUGCUGAGCUCCUGGGGACGCUGCCCCGCAUCUCCAGCCUCAGCACCAACGAGUGGCUCAGGCUGCAAAUCAACCCCUUGAGCCUGCUCGGUGGGGACAGCAAGGACAGCCGCCUGUGA